CAUUCGAGCGUGAUUACGAACCGGGUAUGGGUAUUGAGACUAUAGGCGGUCAGCAUUUUUGCCCUACAGAAUACGAUUUGAUUGACGAAUUUCUGAAGAAAAAGAUCGGACGUCGCCCUCUUCCCAACGAGUUCAUCAAAGAGAUUCCAUUUUUGUACGAGUAUCCUCCUGAACUUCUCCCAAUUUGGAAGUUCAAGUAUGCGAGGAACUAUGAGGCAUACUAUUUUACCCACAAAGGUAGAAAACCUCCAAAUGGCGAGUUUCUUGGAGGAAAGAAGUUUGAUGGUGAAUGGAAAACUGAAGGUCCAGACGAGGCAUGUUUUGGUGAGAACCAAAUUCUGGGAUACAAAAGAAAGCUAUACUUUUACCGCAGUGAGAAGAGGACAGGUUGGGUGAUAAAGGAGUACAGAUACAAUCCAAAGCGAGUUCCUGCCCAUUAUCUUCAGAAUAGGUUCUUUCAUGAUUUCUUAUUAAAUUACGUGGUCUUGAGAAUUAAGUUCAAUCCACACCAGAGGGAGAAAUUCACUGCAGAAGAAUUAUUUUCAAUUUCAAUGGAAGAUGCAAAAGACUUGGAUGUCUUCCAGGACUUUGAAGGUUAAGCAAGAGAUUGUCUACCAACUCUGAUUCAUGACCCAAUCAUAAUUAUUAGGCUAGAUCGGAACUUUCAGGGCCUGUUUAUUAAUAGAAAACUGUUUUCUGUUUU